CUUUAAUUAACACGUUCCGUUCGAAAAAACGAAUUGACCACACACCAGCAUGUUCAAAUGCGAUUUUUAGAAGAAAAUAAAAGUGCGCGAUCAAUAACCUGAAAAAUAAAAAAAAAAACAAAGUGUAAAAAUGUAAACAAAUAAAAAAUGAUGGAAAAAAGUGAAAAGUAAAAAAUUUUAAUAAAAAAAAAACUAAAAAAAAAUAAAAAAUGCCAGAAUAUGAUGAAAAAUUUCUGCUCGACUGCUCGAACUUUGAAAAGCAACGUUGGAAAUCGUACAACUUCAAAUUCAAAUUCAAGCCAUUGGAUACAAAUUCAAAUUACCUGCUUUCUCCGGUCAAGUACACGCCGCUUUACAAAAGCACGAUCAACGGCGAUGGCGGCGACGUUGUUGCUGUCGCGGAUAAAGACAGCCCGAAAACAAGUGAUGUCGGCACUGAAAAUGCGCCGCACGAAUAUCGACACUCCUUUUAUGGUUUUCCCACGAGUCGCGCGAAGCAAGCAAAUAGUAGCACAACAAAUGACGACUCGAAACGCAAAAAAUUAGAUUGUGAGAGCGGCACAAUCACUCCGUCAUCCGGUGUUGGAUAUCCUGGAUCCUCGGGGCAUAAGGGAAGUUUACGGGGCACAAAAUUAGCGCGACGUGCAAGAUCUUUCAAAGACGAUUUUUUGGAGAAAAUUUCGCAGAUAAGGACUCCAACGAGCACGAUGACGAGGUCACAUUCGCCGCACAGUCCAAGAGGCAGGAACAAAAUGGGCAAUGACAUGACAGAUGGAGUCAAACCUAUCAAAGAUUUAAAUUAUCAUGUUAAAAUGGUGAGAAAUGCACUGCAAUAUUUCAAAAGUGUCAUUUCCACAAACAAAUUGGAGAUGCUUGCCGAUAACGGGACCGUCGUUUUGGAAUCCAUUUCGAACGUUCACGCCGCUUUACAAUCCUAUGGCUUGAGCGAACACAGCAGCGCUCUGAUAUCAGCGACGACACAAGUUUACGAUGCCCUUGGAAAACUAAUCAAACUCUGUGAUGAGGUAAUUUUAAGCGAUGAGGACGAAAAGUGCGCAUCUCUCAGCAAAGAAAAUGUCGAAUGUGUCGUCGAAUUAGUCGACAAUGCGGUACAACAACUCGCCAAUUUGGCAAACGAAAAACUCGCCGAACAGCAAAAAUCGAUGUCAAGUCCCGCGCAUUACAGCAAAACGACGCCAAAUACACUGCAACGACCCGUUAUUGAUGUAGCUGCGCAACGAACGUCGCUUCCGGAUAUCCCAUUGACGCCUCGCGAUCGUGAUAUUUUGGAGCAAACAGCAGCUGCGGCAAAUGUUCGUCCUUCGUUCAGUACGGAAAAUAUUUUGCGCGAUACGGAUAGUCCUCCGCCGAAGCCCCCGUUACCAAAUCGACACACAGAUCCGCCGCCUUUGCCUCCCAAACGGCGCGUUAACAACAACAAACCCCAAAAUAACUCGUUUCACGAACUCGACGCCACUUUGGAUCCGAUGUUUUUGACACAUUUAAGCGUUGCCGACAGAAAUUCGCUGCGUUCACGUUCGCCCGAGGAUAAUUCUAGUCUUCUCAGUGCUGGAUCACUGGAUUCUGCGCUAAAUCAUUCGCGCGAAGAGGAAGAAUUGAAAAAUCUCACGAUUGACAGUACGCACGACGAACAUCCAUGUUCCGAUAUUGGACUCAUCAAACACAAUUGGAGCGACGAAGCUGAAUCGACACAACAUGCCAACGCAAGUCUCGAAAUGCAUCGCAAUUCGAACGAAUCGGGAUUCGUUUCUUUCCGUUCGAGCACGCAAAGUGUUAAGCAGUCCAUUUCGUGUAGCAGUAGCACGACUCUGACGCAAAAAAGCAAUGCCGCCGUGAUGCAAAAACUCAAUUCGAGCAUCGAUGCCAUUGUUGAACAACAUAAUUUCGAAAGUUCUUCCAGUUCGAGUACGACUUUUAUGCAACAAUCGACGAUAAUGGAGCAUAAAGAGGCUUCAAUGGUAUCGGGAAGUAAUACAGAGUCCUUGAAUGCGAGUGUUGAAGAAGUUUUUGGUAGCGGAACGUUCGACAAACCGCCAUUGCCCGAAAAAACUCGUAAAUUGAGCAUGCGACGCGUUUCUACAUACGAUAAUGUCGAUGAAACGGAUGCAGCUGAAUUAAGAAACAACUUUUCCGCAUUACAAAACAACCCGGCACUCCUGCGCAUUAAUAACACGCAUCUGAAGCACCAAAGCCUCAUCGAGACACGUCAAUUUCAGCAACAAACCCUCUCUGGAGAUCAACCCCCGCCGUUACCGAUAAAGCAAAAUAAAAAACACAUGUUUCAAAGUGUGGCAUAUUCCGUUAUGGCUUACAUGGAAAUGCUUGGCAAUUGCACUCAAAAUAACAACGAAUUUUUGCGAUAUUCCGUGCCGGCUUACGGUCUCACACACACAGCAACUGCCGCAGAGCAUCUCGCAGCGACACAUAACUUCACAACAAGCAGUAUUAGUCAUAGUCAAACGAUGACAGCAACACUUUCGUCAUCGUCUUCAACUUCGUUAUCGCCCUCCCAUAAUCACAAACCGCAAAUUCCGAGUCCUCUUGCGUCGCCAAAUAGCGCCGUUGUGCACGGAAAACCUCCCGCACUUCCGCCCAAGAGUGUUCGACAAAAUAGUUUGACGCAUCGUGACGUUCCGACGCCGCCAUCUAGUCCAAAACCCCCAUCGCUGACGUUGAGCAGCAACAAUUCGACGGCGUGUCACAGUCCCGUACUUAAAAUCUCGCCGGUGAGACUUGAUCCGAUUGUGUUGUCGGAUCGCGGCGGCUACGAGUUUCUCUCGGAUGCCGUAACGACAAAUACUAAUAAUCAUGUCAAUAACACAUCUCCCGUGAGUCCCUCUAACAAAGUAGUUGUUACUAACACGAAAAUUCCCACGAGUCCCUCGACGAAAGUUACGGUUAGCAAUCAUGACGAGAAUAACGACGAAGAAGAAGUUGUCUUGCGACGCAAUAAAAACCAAAGGGAAAAGAUGAACGGAACAAUACUCAACAAUGAAACCACGCAAAAAGAAGAACCGAAUCUCUUGGAAAAACUCGAAGUUAACGAAUAUUUGGUCUUCAAGAAGGAAUCUGAAGAUGGGCCUGAAGUUAAAGGAGGAAAUAUGGAUGCACUCAUAAUUCAUGCAACAAAAGUGCAGAAAAAUUCUGAUGCGUAUGGUGAAGCCUUUUUGACGACAUUCCGCACAUUUAUCAGCCCGAAAGAUCUUAUCGAGAAAUUGACAUAUCGUUACCAAUAUUUUGCUCAACAAAAGCAAGAUCUGAAACAGCGUUCUGCGAAGGAAGCGUUUUCGUUACUUGUGCGUGUAGUGAACGAUUUGACAAUGCCCGAUUUGACGAUUCCCUUGUUAAAGUCACUUACAACAUUUGAGCAACAACUUAUCUGUGAUGGACAUUUGAGCAUGACGCGCGUUUUGCGUGUCAAAAUCAUCGAAAAGAUCAAACUCUUCAAGUCAAAAUCGAAUUCGAGUCUGCUCUUAACGGCAAAAGCUAUUACGACAGCACUUCCAACGUUGUUAGAUCUAAAAACGCAAGAAAUUGCCGAACAAAUGACAUUGUUGGAUGCGGAGUUGUUCCAAAAAAUUGAAAUCCCGGAAGUUUUGAUAUGGGCACAGGAGCAAUGCGAAGAAAGAUCGCCGAAUUUGACGUUGUUCACGGAACACUUUAAUAAAAUGUCGUAUUGGGCACGAUCAGUGAUAUUGAAGCAAGAAGAUGCCAAAGAUAGAGAAAAGCAUGUGAUUAAAUUCAUUAAGAUAAUGAAACAUUUGAGGAAAAUUAAUAAUUACAAUUCUUAUCUUGCGAUUCUGUCAGCAUUGGAUUCAGCGCCUAUUAGAAGGCUUGAAUGGCAUAAAACUAUUACUGAAGGACUAAAAGAGUAUUGCGCGUUAAUAGACUCAAGUUCGAGUUUUCGAGCGUAUCGUCAAGCACUUGCAGAGACAAAUCCUCCUUGCAUUCCUUACAUUGGGCUCGUAUUACAAGAUCUUACCUUUGUUCACAUUGGCAAUUCCGAUUUACUUCCCGAUGGUUCCAUUAACUUCAUGAAACGCUGGCAACAGUACAACAUUGUUGUGAAUAUGAAACGUUUCCGAACAGGUUCCUACACUUUCAAGAAAAACGAACGAAUUAUCGCAUACUUUGGAAAUUUCGAGGAUUACCUUGACGAAGAUGCCAUGUGGCAAAUUUCGGAGACAAUUAAACCGCGCGGAGGCAAGAAAACAAGCACAAUUACAACGAAUGGCACGACAAGCGCCAACACAAACAGCGGUAACUGACACACGGCAAAAGAAAAGUCGACGAAGAAUUAAAAUUUUGCGGGUAAAAAAUAUUUAUUAUGACGUGUGAGACUGAGAAUCUAAUAUGAAAAUCUACAUGAGAAGAGAAACGUGGAGAAAACAAAAAAAGUAUGAACAACAAAAAAAAUCAUAUCUUUGAAUUACUAAAAUUAAAAUUAAUGAUAAAAUAUGGGAUAAAAGCAUAUUGUUAGAAUUAAGUUUUAUCUGAAAUAUUUUCACAUUGAAAAAAAUUAUAAAAAAAAAUUUUUAGAAAUGGUGUACAAAGGAAAAAAAUCGUUCAAUACCGACCAGAAAAAAAUGUAGAGACACGUACACACAAGUAUUUUAGCAUUUAACGUCGUAAUAAUCGUCAACAUAAAAUCGAAAAGGGAAACAUUCUACUAUUGAUGUCUAUUUAAUCAUUGAAAUCACAAAAAUUCACUCAUUUUAUUUUUUUUUGGACAGGAAUCCAAAAAUUACUCCUUAUUUUAUAUUUAUUUUACGUUAGAAAUUAAUUUUUAAUUUAUUUUUUUGUUUUUGAGAUUAAAAACCUUGCUUUAAAAUUAUUUUUAAGAAUUUUUUUUGUGUAUGUUAAAAUUAUUAUUAU